UAAAGUAAAGUUCUAUGUUUUUGUGAUUUUUCUAAUAUUUAAUCAAUAAAAUUAACUAUAACAAUGAAGUUCCAUGUGCUGUACAUAUUCAUUGCGGUAAAUAUUAUUUCUAGCACAGGUCUAAAAAUAGAGUUGAGCAAAGAAUAUUUUUACCACGGCAAGAAUGUAUUUUGUGCACAACUCCAGUGUACGGAAAACAUAAGAGAAGACACUCAGAUAUCAGCUCUUGUCAACAUGUCAGUUUAUAGGAUCAGUAUACCAGAGGGGAAGAUUUUGGUGGCGUCUAUUUCAGAAUCAGAUUCAAAGCUUCAAGAUUAUAAAAGGACUGGAACAAGAGUAGAGGGGAAAAUAUCGAAAACGUUUUCCGAAUUGGAUAUUUUUUUAUCAAAUAGUUCAGACUGCAAUGGUUGCAUUUUCAUAUGUGAAAUACAUUAUGUGAAUACAACAGGAUAUAUUGAUAGAAUUGGGAAACAGACCGAGAGUUUACCAAGAAAAUCACGUGAAUCUUUUAUAAUAAUGAACUUGAAAGCUAAAACAUCUAACUAUGUUAAAUCUGUUGACACAAUGGCCGACUUUCUCAAAUCGUUUGAAGACCCAGAUAGACUGAAAGGUGCAGACAUGACAAUGUCAUUACAGAUGUCACAUUCUGGUGGCGAUAAGUUCAGCAUAGACAAAAGUUUUGGUCCUACAGAAACAGAGUUCAAUAGCAGUUAUAAACAGAUCAGUUCUUCUACUCUUGAGGACAUGAAGGAUGAUAAGAUAAAAAAUUUAACUCUUGAUGUAAACAAAACAUUACAGAUUAUGGAAAAUAAAUUAAAUUCUAACACAGAGUUAAACGAAAAUAAUUUGUCUGCUUUAAACGAAUCAAUGCAAACAAAAAUAGCCAACACACAGAACCAAACUGAGCAGCUCAGUAUUAGAUUAAAUGAGAUGGAAACGAGUAUUAAAAAAAUUGCCACACAAGUGAAUAUUAAUUCAACUUUAAAUUUGGUUGCCGGUCUCAAAGAAGUUAUUAUGCAAGACAAAAAUAUGUUUCUAUUUAAAUUAACACAACAGUGUUUCAAAAACGAGAACUCAUGUCUACCACAAUACACGAGUGUUAAACUAAUCGAAAGCAAACUAGCUUUGUGUGAUACCAAAACAGAUGGUGGAGGAUGGAUUGUCAUUCAGAGGCGUAUUAAAGGUGACGUGAGUUUUAUCAGAAACUGGAGCGACUACAAAAAAGGUUUUGGGACAUUGGAUGGAGAUUACUGGCUUGGAAAUGACUGGAUUUCAAAUCUUACAAUAAACGGCUACAGUGAUCUGAGAUUCGACAUGAAAUAUAAAGGUAAAUCAUACUACGCAGUGUACAGUAAUGUGACGGUUGAAAGUGAAGCAGCUUUGUAUAGGAUAAGGUUUACAUUCAAGACAGGCAACGCUACAGAUAACUUUAGUUAUCACAAUGGAACUGCUUUUACCACUUUAGAUAAAGACAAUGAUGGAUGGUCUGGUAACUGUGCUGUGAGUAAUAAAGGCGGCUGGUGGUAUAACGACGGAUGUCAUCGGGUGAACGUUAACGGUGUAUGGGCGAGUAAAGAUCAUGGUGAAGGCAUUAACUGGGCCGGUAUAACAGGCUAUAGAGAUUCUAUGGAGCUCGAGGAGAUGAAGCUACGACGUCCAUGAUUAUAAAACACUAACGCAAAAAUAAAACAUUGUAAUAAAUUGGCUGAUGCAUGACAAUAUUUUCAAUAUUUCGCCAAUCUUGUAAAUACAGCUUUGCAUUUAUGUAGAUUUACAUAUUUAUUCAUUGAAGGCUAUUGCCUAAUGUUUAAUUAUUUUUUUGAAAAUCGUAGAUCCGUAUAAGCUUUUGAGCGAUUUCCGAUAAUCGGAAGUAAUACUUUUUCUACUUUGAAUUUUUCAAAAGCCUAUAACUUGAGCACUAUUUCAGACAUGUAAAUGAAAUUUCACGCGUUAAAAAAAGAUCUAAUUUUCUACUAUCUUUUAAAUUUUGAUUAAUUUUCGUUAAACGGAAGUAGUAAUUUACGCUAUUUCAGUUUUCUCAAAAAACUAAUGUAAAUUUAUGCAGAACUAAUAAUAUUUCGCAAUAUUAUGCACAUUUUAUUUGGCGUUCACUUGGUGUGCAAUUAUUUUCCACGAGAUUUUUUUCUAUUUUUAAAAAGUUGAAGCAUUUAAAAUGGAUUAAAAAUCAUGUUUAUAUCCCGAGUCACCAUACCCUUUUUUUUUAUAUAGGAAUAUUCGAGAAAGUUUAGGGGAGAUCACUCCCGGUUUAUUACUUAAAUAAUUAGGAAAUGGGAGUUCGAAAAUCAAAUUCUGUACUCGUGCACACAUAUUGCCAAUACUGUAAAAACUAAAAAAUAAAUUAAGUAACGAUAAGAUUGUUUAUUAGAAAUCAGAAAAUAAGAAUUUUGUAAUUAAAUAGUUGUUAGAUAUACAAUUUUGAAUUUGUUUAUAAAAAUGAACGAGAACAAAACGACCAAAGAGAGGAUCAAUUAUUUAUACCACAGGUUCUCAAACGUUUUCGGAUGGCAAUCAUCCUUUCAAAAAAAACAGUGACGGCGAUACAAUUAAAUAAACAUUGUUAUAUUAUCUUACAAAACAGUAUGAGCUGAGAUGUCAAGGUUUAAUUGGGAUAAAGAAAUAUUAAAGCUUGUGAUAAAACCUCUUUUUAUCGAGAAAAAAAUUCAUUCUUACAAAGUUCUUACAAUAUGAUAAUAUAAAUAUAUAAUUAUCAGUUUCUGAAGGUUUUUGAGAAAUCGGAAUAGAGAAAAAUACCGAUCCAAGUCAUCGGGGUAAAAAAAAUUAAGUUAUCUAAAUUUAAGAUAUGGUACUUUAUAUAUUUUUGCAUAUUGUAGUAAAAUACUAAAGAUAAUUGAAUAUAAAAUCAUAUUUAAGACCUAAAUCAAUACAACGUUGUGAAAUUAACUUUUUACAACAAUGUUUAGACACUAAGUAUGCUAUUAACACAGGUGCUAUCCUAAGAAAGUACUUGUUAAAGUAAUUUCUACUUGUAUCAAAAUAAAUGUAUUGCUUUAUUAAACAUUUAAUACGAUUGUCUAGCUUUUUUUUUUAAAGCUUGUGGUUUUUUUUUAAAUUCUUCCUUUAAAAAAUGAAUUGACUGACAAUAAACAUCACUAGUUCUAGAAUUAUUAUGAGAUGCAACGGUCUACUGACUUAAACUCGAAUUCAAACAGACAGGUUAGCAACCAGGUCUCUACCGCUAGGCCACUCCGUCCCUCACGCUAGUAGGUGGACGGGCUGUUCAAGACAAUACAGCGUUAGUAGACUAGCAGGGACGUGUUUCGUGAGGUGGGGGAGCCCACGGGAUCUCUGUAGACUUAGACUAGAAUUGACCGUUUGGGAGAAAUAGGGUAGUUCCAUUUAGGACUUCGUGUUUAGUAUUCUGCUUAUAGUGUUAGAUGUGUAGAGGGGGGGUGGAAACAGGCGUUGUACCUGAAAUAGCAAUAUAAACAGAAACUGAUAUUUUAACGCCAAGGGUUUUCUGUACCUUUGUCUACCCUUGGCGUUGAAAUAUAACUAUCUGUUUAUAUUGCUAUAAUGUUAGAUGUUGUGGCGGUAUUGAUGAUAGUUGUAUUUUUUUAUCGUUCCGUU